GUGAAAAUAUCAAACAUCCCGCAUUCAGUUUUGAACGAUCCUCCGUUGUGGAAUAUUGUAACGAUUUUGUCGACGUGCAAAUUAAGUUCGGAAAAUCGCAAUAAAAAUUGAAGUGCAAUAUAAUUGUGUUUCAGUUGUAUAAAUAAGCCCGUGUGACGCGCUUAAUUACAUAAUAAAUUCAUUCGCACAAAUUUUGAUUUAAAUUUUUUGGUUAUUUUAACUAACAUUUUCUAUUACAAUGGCCACUGAUAAGGUGAAAGUGUGUAUUGUUGGUUCGGGCAAUUGGGGAUCGGCAAUCGCCAAAAUCGUUGGGGCAAAUGCAAAAAAUUUAUCCAAUUUCGAGGAUCGUGUUACCAUGUACGUGUACGAAGAAUUGAUCGAUGGCAAAAAAUUGACAGAAAUCAUCAAUGAAACGCAUGAGAAUGUGAAAUAUCUGCCGGGCAAAAAAUUACCAGAAAAUGUGGUUGCCGUACCGGACUUGGUCGAAGCUGCCAAAGAUGCCGAUUACUUGAUCUUCGUCGUGCCACAUCAAUUCGUACGUGGUCUUUGUGCCACAAUGUUAGGAAAAAUAAAGCCAACCGCUGUUGCAUUAUCUCUGAUCAAAGGUUUCGAUAUUGCUGAAGGAGGCGGCAUUGAUCUUAUUUCACACAUUAUUACCAGACAUUUGAAGAUUCCAUGCGCUGUCCUAAUGGGAGCUAACUUGGCCAACGAGGUAGCUGACGAGAAUUUCUGUGAAACAACAAUCGGUUGCAAGGACCAGAAAAUCGCUCCCAUUCUACGUGACAUGAUGCAAGCGAGCUACUUCCGUGUCGUAGUUGUCGACGAUGAAGAUGCCGUCGAAGUGUGCGGUGCACUUAAAAACAUUGUUGCCUGCGGUGCUGGAUUCGUUGAUGGUUUGGGAUUGGGUGACAAUACAAAGGCUGCUGUCAUUCGUUUGGGUUUAAUGGAGAUGAUCCGAUUCGUUGAAGUCUUCUACCCGGGCAGCAAACUAUCCACAUUCUUCGAAAGCUGUGGUGUUGCCGAUCUUAUUACAACUUGCUAUGGCGGUCGUAAUCGUAAGGUAUCUGAGGCAUUCGUCAAAACUGGCAAAUCUAUCAAGGACUUGGAAACUGAAAUGUUAAACGGUCAAAAAUUACAGGGACCAAUUACAGCUGAAGAAGUUAACUUUAUGCUGAAGAACAAGAAAAUGGAAGAAAAGUUCCCACUGUUCUCGGCCAUUCAUCGAAUUUGCAUUGGAGAAUUGAAAGCUAGUGAACUAAUCAAUUGCAUUCGCAAUCAUCCGGAGCAUAUGUCACAGUCACAACUUGGCAGUGCUAAAUUGUAGAUGCACUAAUCAUGAAUACCCUGCCCCGCCCCUACUAUAUUGGUACAAUCAUCUUAAAAUAUUUUUUGUAAAAAUUAAAAAAAGAAAAAAGUGGAAAAUUUUUAAUGUGAAAAGCUAAAUUUGUAACUAAACGAAAAACACUAAAAAGAGACAGAGAGACAUCUAAGCUUAAGAAAAAUUAUUUUUGUUAAAAUUUACUAUUACAAUUCGAGACGAUUCGGAACUUAAAACAGAUUUUU